UGCUCCCUAUUGACUCUGGAAAACUUCCUAUCGUGUCGCUCGUCCACCGGCUUUGAGCGGGCCGUUGUGCCUUCAUCCGUGAUCUUCCCGAAACGCCUUUCGUAUAUGCCAACCAGCAAUGUUGCAAAGACGCUUAGCCAUAUCGUCGUGCUCAUCCAUCUUGCCACCCGCAUUAGCCGGCACUGCGUUCACCAGAAAACUUUGUUAGAAUAUCUGCACCUACAAGGAAUGCGUUCCUACCUCGCGGCCUGCAGCGCUUCACUGUGCCACCCAACCCCUGGCCGCUGAGUGACCAGUAGGAUGUAUCCCAUGAGACCCAAAGGGACGGUUGCGGGAUCCUUCAUCGGACAUAUCCCGUAAGUAACUCUUGCUGCUGAUUCGCAAUGGUAGCUGGCUUGGUUCUAGAAUUCUGCGUCUUUAUGUUCGCUGCACAAUUAGUGCGAAAGCUGGCGACCUGCACUGUACCUAUUCGCCGUACAGUUUUAAUCGGUUCCAAAGACCUGGGAUACAGGAUCAAGCCUGUUUUAUUUUUCUAUCGGUCAGGUAUUCGCUGGAGUGCCCUGCAAUCCUUCUUUCAUAUCACACUUUGCCGUAGACGUGCAUGAUGAUUCCCUUCCCACUGUCAUCAAACACGAACAGAGAGAUUCAUAGGUGUUAGUGACGACAGGGUGUCUCUAGAUGAAGUACCCGUUAUGGAUG